UCACAACGUCUUUACGCAACAAAUCAACCUGCCUCUAGCAAUUUACCCUGAAAAUGAGUUCGCAACACUGACGCUGAUCGUAAAGUGAAAGUAAAAUUAAUCCAGGGCCCUACACUACUGGGAUCAAGGCUGCGGUCAGUUCAUCUCGAUACUUCAAACCUAAGAACUUCACAAAUCCAGUGUGUGGGUCUUCCAGUGAGUUGGAGAGGAAUGAGGAACCAUGGCACAGUUUGAAAGCUUCAUAUGGACUAUACCUGUUAUAUUGGUGCUUGAAAGCAUUGGAUCCUGUAUUGCAUGUGGUAGAGCCGAGUACAGAAUAGGGGAUGAAUGCUGCCCCAUGUGUUCACCAGGAAAUCAUGUACAUAAGCAUUGUACUGAAUUCACCAGCACCAGCUGUGUGCCCUGUGUUGAUUCUACAUUCCUUGAUGAGCCCAAUGGUCUCAUAAAAUGCAAAGUGUGUACCAACUGUGAUCCAGGUUUGGGUUUGAUGGUAAAGCAGUCAUGUAGACCUUCAUCAGACACUGUCUGUGGGACACUGGAGGGGUUCUACUGUCUAGACCCAACUAAGGAUGGUUGUAGAGCAGCCCAGAGACACAGCAGCUGUGAACCUGGUUUAUUCAUCAGCCACACAGGAACAACAUCUACAGAUACUGUGUGUUCUGACUGCCCCGGUAAAACUUAUUCAGAUGGAUCAUUAACAUCUUGUCAACAACACACAGAAUGUGAAUUCUUGGAAAUAAAACCAGGAACUCCUUGGUCGGAUUCAGAAUGUGGAGUAGCCUCACUUCCCAUAGUUGGAAUCAUAGCUGGUGUUCUCAUAUGUUUUUUUCUGAUAGCCACCAUAGCUGGUGUUUUUUUAUUUAUGAGAAAAAGAGAAAUGGAGAGAACAAGACAAAACUUAGACCCUCAAAUACAUACACAGGCAUCCCCAGAUCAGGAAAUACCAAUGCUGUCUGGGGGAAACGGAAACGAUUCAAGCCCCCGUCACAGUCAGGGACUCCACAUUCUGUAAUCUGUGGUCCACUGGCUGGCUGGUCCAGCCAUCGCUAGUGUAUCUUAACACUACAUGUUAAAUGUGAUAUUGUAGAAUCUGGUUGGUAUAAUAACAGGAUUCUACACCACAUUCAAUUGUAGUGUAAAGAAAUGAAACACAUUGAAACCCAACCUCCAGUAGGAAGAAUGUGACUUCUAGAUACCUGUUGGGAGAGGACCACUGUGCCUUUGUAUCAUAUGGGGAUGUUUGAAACUGUCCUCAGCCUGAACUGUCCCCACUUGGGUCACCGAAUAGCUAGCUUUUUGUGUGGGCGCCACUGGUAAGAUGCUUCAGAAGGGCAGAAACAUAUCAGCUUCUGCCUACAGCCUAUAAGUGAGAAACCUCUGCUCUACCUACAGCCUACAGACUGGUCUAAAAUGGAAAGGACCAUGUGAUGAGUAUAAAUUAGCUUCAACUUGCUAGGUAACAGCUUCGGGAGGUGAGAACCCUCUCCUCUUCCCAGGGGAAAGUCACAUGUGUUCAUAACUUCAGGACCACAACGUCUGUCAGCCCAGACUAUGGAACUUCAAAUGGGACUUGAUAAUAUCUUGAGACACAGAUUACUGGAAACUGGUGCAGGAUGCACUGGUCUAAUGUCCAUUGCUUGUGUUUCUUGGCCCAAGCAAGUCUCUUCUUAUUGGUGUCCUUUAGUAGUGGUUUCUUUGUAGAAAUUUGACCAUGAAGGCCUGAUUCACGUAGUCUCCUCUGAACAGUUGAUGUUGAGAUUUGUCUGUUACUUGAACUCUGAAGCAUUUAUUUGGGCUGCAGUUUCUGAGACUAGUAACUCUAAUGCACUUAUCCUCUGCAGCAGAGUUAACUCUGGAUCUUCCUUUCCUGUGUCGGUCCUCAUGAGAGCCAGCUUCAUCAUAGCGCUCUAUGGUUUUCGCGACUGCACUUGAAGAAACUUUCAAAAUGUUCUGUAUUGACCGAUCUUCAUAUUUUAAAGUAAUGAUGGACUGUGGUUUGGCUUUGGUUAUUUGAGCUGUUCUUGCCAUAAUAUGGACAUGGUAUUUUACCAAAUAGGGCUAUCUUCUGUAUACCACCCCUACCUUGUCACAACACAACUGAUUGGCUCAAACACAUUAAGGAAAUCAAUUCCACAAAUUAACAAGGCACACUCCAGGUGACUACUUCAUGAAGCUGGUUGAGAGAAUGCCAAGAGUGUGCAAAGCUGUCAUCAAGGCAAAGGGUGCCUACUUUGAAGAAUCUCAAAUAUAAACUAUAUUUGGAUUUGGACACUUUUUUGUUACUAUGUGAUUCCAUAUGUGUUAUUUCAUAGUUUUGAUGUCUUCACUAUUAUUGUACAAUGUAGAAAAUAGUAAAAAUAAAGAACCUCAUGAAUGAGUAGGUGUGUUCAAA